AUGCGGAGUCAAAAUAGAGUUCAUCGGGACAAUGCCGAGUUGCGAUGCGAAUUGCACGCCUCGCGUUGCGCCUCGUUUCGGGACACCUGUGACCAAGCCGCAGGAACAGCAGAAGGCAGCACCUCAAGUUGUCUAUGCGCCCCGACCUCUUCCCACACGCCUCGAUGCUGCGCUUUUUCCACGCUCGACCACCCCUUUCCUCAUUUUCAUCUCAAUCUUAUACUGACCCUAUCCAACCCUUUCGCUAUCCUUCUUUCAUCUCCGCCACCGCUCUCUUCGCUUCCUCCCUCCCUCUCUCUCUCUCUCUCUCGACGGAUUUUCGUGACUCCGCGUCCUCUUUCACGCUCUCGACGCACGAUCCCGAACCACGCGACCCGCGCUCGUCACAUCGGCAACCUCCUCGGCAUGUCGGUGCCGAUCGCCUCUCUUCCGACCGUGCCGGCGUCCUUCCGCUGCAACCACGGCUUCAACCUCAAACAGGGCGCCGAUGCAGCCAGCGGCUCAGCAGGCGACCUGUCGCCUUCGAUCAUUGACAUGGACAUCUUCUCGCAACUCCUCGAGAUGGAUGACGAAGAUGAUCGCGAAUUCUCCAAAAGCAUCGUUCAGAACUACUUUGACCAGGCCAUCACCACCUUCAAAGAGAUGGAUGUUGCGCUAAGCACCAAGAACCUCACAGACUUGUCCACCCUCGGCCACUUCCUCAAAGGUUCUUCCGCCGCGGUGGGCGUCAUCAAGGUGCGCGACAGCUGCGAGUGCAUGCAGCACUACGGCAAGUGCCACGGCGAGGAUGGUGUCAGCGACCUGACCGAGGAGGAGGCGUUGGAGAAGUUGACCGUCACUCUGAGGGAUGUCAAGGUGCAGUACAGGGAGGCGGCUAAGGCGCUGAGGGCGUUCUACGAUGAGGAGGUGGACGCAGGAGAGGAAGAGGAGGUGGACGAUGCACCGCAAGACGCAGAAGCAGAGGCGGAGGAAGAGGUCCAGGCAGGUGCGCACAAGGAGGCAUCGUCACAAGAGGCAGCAGCACCAGCCACUACAACCGCUGCUGCUUAA